AUGCCGGGGUUGGUGGAAGCUAUCAAGCUACGCCAGGAAUGUUCGGAUCGCUUACUAAUGAUCUCAUUUGAUGAUGUAUCAGUGUAUCUAUCGUUGCUCGAAGCAAUAUGUACGCGUCUUCGGCCUUUCGGCCCAUCUGUUCUAGUUUAUCUCGCAGCUGCCGUCUCCGACUUUUAUCUUUCCGAGGAUAAUUUGCCGGAACAUAAAAUCCAGUCAUGUCGCGGAGGACUCCAACUAACUCUCAGCGUUGUUCCAAAACUGCUGAAGAAGCUGGUCAAGGACAUUGUACCCGAAGCUUUCGUCGUCUCUUUUAAGCUUGAGACUGAUGAAUCAAUGCUGAUUGUGAAGUCACGUCAAGCGCUGGAGACAUACGGACAUCAGGUGAGUUACGAGUUAAUAAUUAGGAAUAAACAACGGCGCAUACCGUCCAGUGGACGUUUUCCUGUUGAGAACAUUCGUUGUUCAAUACAUUAG